GGCCCCGCAUCAAGCAAUCUGACACACAAGUAGUAGAACGCUCAGUCAAAAUGGCUGAUAACGGGGAAGACGGUGUAUCGAAAGGUGUGCACAGGCGUGGAGCUUUAAGGCAGAAAAAUGUGCAUGAAGUGAAAAACCACAAAUUUGUUCCUAGAUUUUUUAAGCAGCCGACAUUCUGUAGUCACUGCAAGGAUUUCAUUUGGGGCUUUGGGAAGCAAGGUUUUCAGUGCCAAGUUUGCAGUUUUGUGGUACACAAAAGGUGUCAUGAAUUUGUUUCCUUUUCCUGUCCUGGAGCAGAUAAAGGACCUGAUUCUGAUGCCACAAACUUGCAUAAAUUCAAAACACACACAUAUGGAAGCCCUACAUUCUGUGACCAUUGUGGGUCACUUCUCUAUGGACUUAUACACCAAGGACUCAAGUGUGAUGCAUGUGACAUGAAUGUACACAAGAAAUGUGAGAAGAAUGUUCCAAAACUUUGUGGUAUAGAUCACACAGAGAGGAGAGGCCGUAUUAAGCUCAAAAUUACCACCACUUCCACCAAGCUAGUUAUACAAAUUAUAGAAGGAAAAAACCUAAUACCCAUGGAUCCAAAUGGACUAGCAGACCCCUAUGUUAAAGUGAAACUUAUUCCAGAUGACAAUAACAAAACGAAAAAGAAAACCAAGACCAUCAAAGCCACCUUAAAUCCAGUGUGGAACGAAACUUUCACAUUUGACCUUUCCCCUGACGACCAUUCCAAGCGGCUUUCUGUGGAGGUCUGGGAUUGGGACAGAACGUCCAGGAAUGACUUCAUGGGCUCACUGUCUUUCGGCAUCUCAGAACUUCUGAAGGAAAACCAAGACGGCUGGUUCAAACUCCUGAGCCAGGAGGAGGGAGAAUUUUAUGGCAUCCCUGUGACCGAUGAUGCAAUAGCCACCAUUAAUGACCUUAGGAAAACUUUACCGUUACCUGCAGCUUUCCAGAAACCACCACCUCAACCAAUUGAUGUGUCUCGGGGAACUGGCAGCAAACAGGACACAGUUCGAGCAACGGACUUUAAUUUCCUGACAGUUCUAGGAAAAGGCAGUUUUGGAAAGGUUGUCCUAGCAGAGAUGAAGGGAACGGAAGAGUUGUACGCCAUUAAAAUCUUAAAGAAAGACGUGAUCAUACAGGAUGACGAUGUGGAGUGUACGAUGAUCGAAAAACGGGUCCUAGCUCUCCCCAACAAACCACCAUUCCUUGUCCAAUUACAUUCAUGCUUUCAAACCAUGGAUCGUCUCUACUUUGUCAUGGAGUAUGUCAAUGGUGGAGAUCUCAUGUACAGAAUUCAGCAGGAAGGAAAAUUUAAAGAACCAGUGGCUGUCUUUUAUGCAGCUGAAAUAGCGAUAGGAUUGUUCUAUCUACAUAGUCAAGGAACAGUAUAUAGAGAUCUUAAAUUAGACAAUGUGAUGCUUGAUUCGGACGGCCAUAUAAAGAUUGCCGACUUUGGAAUGUGUAAGGAAGGCAUUUUCAAUGACAAAACCACCAGGACUUUCUGUGGUACUCCAGACUACAUCGCCCCUGAGAUUGUGCUGUAUCAGCCAUAUGGGAAGUCAGUGGAUUGGUGGGCCUAUGGAGUGCUUCUGUAUGAAAUGUUGGCAGGACAGCCACCAUUUGAUGGAGAAGAUGAAGAGGAAUUGUUUGCUUCCAUAACAGAUCACAACGUCUCCUACCCCAAGUCUAUGUCUAAAGAAGCUGUGUCCCUGUGUAAAGCACUCUUAACAAAAAAUCCAACUAAGAGGUUAGGAUGUGGACCUAAUGCAGAGAGAGAUAUCAAAGAUCAUGCCUUCUUCAAGAGAAUCAACUGGGAAAAGAUAGAACUGCGGGAGGUUCAGCCCCCCUAUAAACCAAAGAUUAAUAACCCACGAAAGGCUGAAAAUUUUGACAAGAUGUUCACUGCUGCGAAACUGAAAAACACACCGACAGACAGUGUUGUUAUCAUGAACAUAGACGAAAAUGCAUUCCGAGACUUUACUUACGUCAAUCCUUUCUUUACCGAUUUUGCUCGUACCGAAAAUUCCGCAUUAUAGCUCACUAGAACUUUUUUUUUUUUUUUACAUUAAAAGGAUUCCUUGUAUGAUGUUAUGUGUGUUGGACAUUUAUAUAAAAAGCCUCCCAUGUUUGAAAAUCGGAUUUUCCAAUACAUGUAUUAUGAAGUGUUGCAUGGGGGUGAAAAAAAUUCAUACAAAAAAGUUCAUCUAAGAAAGUCAGUCAUGACGUGUUCAUAUGAGAUUUUUGUUAUUUACAUGCAUAUGCAAUCAAAUCUGAAUGAGCUGAAAUGUCCAGUAGGCAUUGGCUAGUUAUGUUUGUAUGAGUAUAAAUGUUUCUAGUUGUAUGUAAACAUGCACAUUGCUGUUGUAUUACUAGAGUUUAGACUUAUGGACUUGCUGUUUAAUAUAUGUUUGUAUGUUUAGAGAAAAAUGAAUGGAUGAAUUCUAGGUAUGUUUAUAUAUAUAUAUAUAUAUCACAAUACCUGAAAUUAAUUUUCUCAAAAAAAAAAUUUUUUUUGAAAAUAUAUUUAUUUUGUCAAUGAAGCUGUUGGGAGAUUAAAUUUCUCACCAUUUCUUGAAUAUUGGAUAACCAUAUUUGUAAACCAUUUUCCCACUGUGCUGAAUUUGUAAAUACCUUGUACAUUUCAGAAUUACUUUCUAAGGUACUCUCCUUUGAAAAGUUUUUUAAAAAGUUGAAAAAAAAAAAAAAUCCUUGGAUAUAAAAUGUAAUUGGGGAAGCAUUGUACCCCUUGAAAACUUUUCCCCUUUUAAAACCGACCCAGUUAAUUCUUUGCAUGGUAUCAGUUGUAAGUUUUCUUGCUAAAUACAAGAUUUUUUUUUAUUUUAAAUCUCUUUUGAAAAAUUAUUUGCUGUGACUAAUCAUGCAGAAUAUGUUUUUUUUUCUGUAAAUGUGUAACGCAAACACUUUAAAUGAAAAAUAUACAUGUAGCAUGAUAAGUUUUUUUUUUACAGUAUAAUAAAGAAUGUUGUGCAUUAUAACAAAUCAGAUGUAAUAUAUAUGUGCAGCAUAUUUAACAUUUAAUCUGUUUUAUAUUUAUAUGUACAUGUAUGUUUUUUCACAUUUUAAAAAGCAAUUGUUUCUAGAAUGUGAUUGUACAUUAAUGUAUGAUACUUGAUACUAUUAACCAGUUUAUUAGGUAUGGUUGUCCAUGGAUGUUUAAUGUAAUGUCUCUUUUAUUUAUUCAGAAAGAAACGUAUCAUUUAAAUUCAGAACAUACAAUUGACAGGAAAAAAAUAAUACCCACCCUUGAUUGAAACUUUCCAAAUAUUCUCACUCGAUUAGUUUAGUGUGAAAUAUGGAAGCCCUGAUCAGAGGUUAUUUCAUGUCAUUAGUCUGAACCGAGUACAAGAUGAGAAAGCGUGUUAUUAUCCUCCGAUUUAGAGAUGGGAAUAUUUUUCAUUAUAUGCCAGGACAAUUUCUGCAUAAGUAUAGCUAGAAGGCAAAAAUGAGUCAACCUAUAAUCUGAAAUUUGGCUCAUCAUUUUAAAAUGCUCAAGACUUCCAUUUUCCUAUGCACUUCUUGUGUUCAACUUUUAGUUCGAACCUCUUAAAAUAUAUUAGUUAAAAUAUAUCAGUUUAAAAAAUUCAUCUUUCAUGAAGCAGAAAAGAUAGACUGUGCCAUAGAUAUUAUAUUCAGAUGUUUUUUGUAACAGUGCUAGAUAGACAAAAUCUAUUUGACAUUUUUUUUCAUUAUUAAGUGCAAUUCCAUAUUUUUUUAUCUUUAUAAUUUUCACUUACAAAGAUGCUAUAAUUUUGACUUGAUAAUAUUUUUAAGAAAUUUUCAUUAAGGAAAAAAUAAAAUAAAUUUUUCAUCCUUUUUUGUAAAGCUAUAAAUAAGCCAAAAUUACCACUAUCAGAUCGUAAAUUACGUCAUGAAAAAUUCAAUGGAUUAAUGGCAGCCCUGUCUCUUUUUUAGAUGAAACAUUCAUUUAGAAGGUAGUCCACAAAUCAAUUUUCUGCCUGAGGAUAAUUGCAAUAUUCAUGAAUGAGUUUCACUAGUAUUACAUGAUUGUGCGAGUCUAUUAAGUCUAUCACAUGCCAUCAGAGAACAAAAAUAGGCCUCUCACUCAAUCACAUUCAGUCUUUUCAAAGAGAGUUGAUAAGGAAAAAAAGUAAAUUUCUUAAGACUGUCAUGUGCUGAAUUGGAAUUGUGACCGAUUUCUGUCUAUAUCCCGUGCUUCAAUGCUAUAGUACAAAUUCAGAAUCUUGGAAAAAAGGCAUUUGCUUCUUUUACAAGGGAGGUGAAUUUAAGAGUUUUUAUAUAAUUUUGGCAGCAAUGUUGAGUAAUAUAGUGUAGAAAUGCAUUUAUUGUAACAAAGAGCUCAAGUAAUAUAUCCAAUUUUUCAUAGGUGUUUACAAGGUACCCUGAUGAAUGAAAUCAUUUUUGUAAGAUAUUGAUCUGCACAAAUUCGAUCUAAAUGUUUUACUAUUUUCUGACCAAGGUAGAAAGAAAAUGCAUGUAAGGAUUUAACAAGAAAAUAGGUCCAUGUGUCUGAUCAAAGCCAUUUUGGGGGGUCAAAUAUCACAUAUGCAUUUUUCACUGUUAAAAAAAAAAUGCUACUGCUUUAUUGAUAAGCAAAUCUUGUAUGUGUAACUUUGUAAUUCUACACACUGCUGAAUUAUUUUUUUUGUGAGAAAGUAACAAUUCUUGAUGUAUGUAAAUUAUUUAUAUAUGAGAGGUUUUAUGUAUACAUUUCUUCUGAUGCUAAUCCACGUCAUGAUAAAACCAUAACCUAUAUGAUAUAUGUAAAUAUAUACAUUGUUGCAUGUACUUAUACUUUGGAAAAGGCGUCUGGGUUUCUCUUUCAUUUUGUAUUGCAUUUUUAUUAUUUACUUUUUUCAGUCAUGGUCUGACUUAUUACAAAACCCACCAUUACUUAUUCCGACAUUGUGAAAACUGAGCUCGAUCAAAGAAUUUUUUUUUGAGGAUUAUCUUUUUUUAUUUAACCUUAUAGAAUUUAAGUUGACAUUUCUUUUUUUGCAGAAUUUUUUUGUUUUUUUCUUUCUCGAAUUACAUUUAUUCUAUUGUCUGUUAAAACUUGUUGUCUGCGCCAUUGUUUGUUGACCACUAUUAAAGCAACCUAAAGAAAUUUUA